UCUGUACCAUGGCUCGUACCAAGCAGACUGCCCGCAAAUCGACCGAGGGCAAAGCCCCGAGGAAGCAGCUGGCUACCAAAGCCGCUCGAAAGAGUGCGCCCUCCACUGGAGGGGUGAAGAGACCUCAUCGUUACAGGCCCGGUACCGUGGCACUUCCUGAAAUUAGACGUUAUCAGAAGUCCACUGAACUUCUGAUUCGCAAACUUCCCUUCCAGCGUCUGGUGCGAGAAAUUGCUCAGGACUUCAAAACAGACCUGCGCUUCCAAAGUGCAGCGAUUGGUGCUUUGCAGGAGGCAAGUGAGGCCUAUCUGGUUGGCCUUUUUGAAGACACCAACCUGUGUGCUCUCCAUGCCAAACGUGUAACAAUUAUGCCAACAGACACCCAGCUAGCACGCCGCAUACGUGGAGAACGUGCUUAAGAAUCCACUAUGAUGGAAAACAUUUCAUUCUUUUAAAAAAUU